CUAUAAUAUUAGAGCUCCUAGUAACAAAAUUUUCUGUUUGUGUGUCAAAAACCCAGCUUGGGUUGAAAUUUUUUCUGUAACAGAAUUCAUUUUUUAAAUGGAGUGGGGUGACCUUUACCAAGUGGGAAUUGCACACGAAGAUUACCAAGCUGGAGAGAAUCGCAUUUUACAAAGUGAAGGACAAGACUACUAUAGGCCAAUGUAUUCCAUGGGAGUUGGCAAUGUCCAAAGACCUACCUUAUACAUACCCGCAAUUGCCAAUACAUAUCAGUCUCCUUCUGGUACAAUGGUGAAUGCAGCUAAUCUUCUGCAAGCUCAAUCAAAUUAUAUUCAGCAGCCACAGUUUGAUAAAAAUAUGAGCUUUGGAAGUCAUUUUCCAGCCACAUACUAUCUUCAAGAUUCUAGGGAACCAAGCACGGACAAUGUCCACAAUGAAGUUCAAAAUGGUAGUCUUUACCAUCCGAAGAAGAUUGAUGUAAGUUCUCUUCCCCUUGGCUGUGGAGGUAACAAUGAAGAUAGAUAUCAACGUAAUGUUUACAAUUAUGGACUUAGCAUGGGUGGCCAGACUUCGUCUUACAUUGAUUUUAGAAGGACUAAUGGUGCAUUUCACAAUUGGGGCUCUAGUUUAGGAGGUCUUGGAGAUGCAAGUUAUGUAAAUGCAGAUCAUUAUAAUUGUCAUCGAGGCCCUGAAGCUGCUUCAAGAACCCAUAGUCACCAAGAGGCUACUUUGCCAAAUAUGAAGCAGGUUAAUUUAUAUGGGAUCAGAUCAGAAAAUGCUACUGUUACAAGUAUCGCCAAGGGACAAAAUUCUACUGUCAGGACCUCCCAAGCUGAAUUGAGCGAUCAGGGAAAUGUGUCUAAAAUGAGCUCAGUCAUCAAGAAACGAAAUUCCGGGGCACCAAGUGCCUACAAUGCCCACAAUUCAUUUCAAAUUGGUAGCCUUUACCAUCCGAAGAAGAUUGAUCUCGGUUCUCCUCCCCUUGACUGUGGAGGUAACAAAGAAGAUAGAUAUCAACGUAAUGUUUACGGUUAUGGCCUUAACACGGGUGGCCAGACUUCAUCUAACAAUGAUUGUAGAAGGACUAAUGGUGCAGUUCACAGUGGGGACUCCAGUUUUGGAGGUUUUGGAGAUGCAAGUUGGGUAAAGGCAGAUCAUUGCAAUUUCCUUCAAGGCCCUGAAGCUGCUUCAAGACCCUAUAGUCACCAAGAAGCUACUUUGCCAAAUAUGAAGCAGGUUAAUUUAUAUGGGAUCAGAUCAGAAAAUGCUACUGUUUUAAGUAUCGCCAAUGGACAAAAUUAUACUGUCAGGACCUCCCAAGAUGAAUCAAGUAAACAGGGAAAUGUGUCUAACAAGAGCUCAGUUCUCAAGAAACAAAAUUCUUCUAGAUUACAGUAUGGAAAUAGUAAUACUGUCUGGGCCUCCCUAGUUGGAUCAGAGAAUCAAGGGAAUGUGUCUAAAAUAAGUUCAGUCCCCGAUAGACAAAAUUCUUCUGAAGUACAGCAUGUUAAUGACAAUGCAGCCAAGAUCUCUCAAAUAAAAUCAUAUUUAACUUCUCUAAGUAUCAGGGCCAAAGGAGGCGCCAAGUUGAAUGCUCAUGAAGGUAAAACAGGUCAUGCUCUGCAGUGUCAGUCUACUUCGAAGAGCGAAUUUAUGUCACAUGUUAAGAAGAGUCAAAACCAUAGCACUCCUUCAUCCCACCAAGUUCGGCAAAGUAAAUUUAAGAUUAAGAGCCAACCUUCCCAAAAGCCAUCCAAACAGCCCUCAAAACAGAAGGUUCUGAAGCAUCAUAUCAUGUGGGAUGGUUUUCAUAAUCCUGCCACUCAACCAUUUGGACAAAACUGUCGUUUAUGUAAUGGCGAUCUUGCGUUUUCACCAACAGAUGAUAAAGAAUUAUAUUCCUCUCUUCUUCCAGAGGUUGCUGUUCUUUCAUGUGGACAUGUCUUUCAUUCCCAAUGCUUACUGCUCAACACAUGUAAAGAGCAGCUCAUGGAUCCACCAUGUUUUAUAUGUGUCAAUGGCUAGUCUUGAAUGUAU